AUGGCAUAUAAAUCGCAAAGGACUGCUCUCAUAGUGAUAUUUGCUUGUUUGGCAGUGUUGGUUCCUACAGGGCUAGCUCAGUUGCAACAAACUCCUGGGUUGCGUCAAAUACCUGGAUUGUCACAAGCACCCGGAUUGUCACAAAUAUCUGGAUUGUUGCCACAAAUAACUAGAUUGUUACCAAACCUUGGAGCUGGGGGACUUUUAGGGGCAAAUGGGCAGUGUUUGUCAUCUCUUGCAGACGUACCAGAGUGUCUCACUCAAGUUUUUGGUUCACUUAUCAAUGGCCAAUUCAGCAUUAUAGGUUCCUCUUGUUGCAAAGCCAUCUCUGAGAUUGAGGGAAGUUGCUUGUCUAAUUUGUUCCCCUCCAAUCCCAUCUUUGCUCCUUUGCUCAAAAAUUCUUGUGGUCAACCAUCUAAAGGAAACGGACAGAUCUCCAGAAUCACAGCGAGUAAGGCGGCCUUACCAGGGAUUUUACUGAGGAAUCAAGACAUACAGGAAUGCUGGUCAUCUCUUUCAGGUGUACCAGGGUGUCUUACAGAUGUUAUGAAUUCACUCUUUAAUGGCAGAGUUAACUUCUUUGGCCUUGCUUGUUGUAAAGCCAUCACUUUGGUCAGUGACCAUUGCUUGCCAAAGUUAUUCCCUUUUAACCCAUCUUUUCAUUCAACACUUAAAACGUUUGCAUAA